UCAUCAAUGGCUCAUCACCAUACCAUUUCAGGUUUAGUAGGGAAACUUAUUACUGAAUCGGAGGUUAACUGCAACGCCGACAAGUAUUACAAAAAAUUUAAGGACCACGAAGAGCUUCCAACCGCAAUCCCUCAUAUUUGCACCAGCAUCAAAGCUGUUGAAGGACAUGGAACUACUUCUGGUUGUGUCAAAGAGUGGUGCUAUAUACUUGAGGGUAAACCACUAACUAUCAAGGAGAAAACCGUGUAUGAUGAUGAAACAAGGACGAUACAUCAUAGUGGGGUAGCAGGAGACUUGAUGAAUGAUUACAAGAAGUGGGAUGUAAUAUUUACAGUUAAUCCAAAGGCUCACGGACAUGGAAGCAUCGUGAAGUGGAUAGUGGGUUACGAGAAGAUGAAUGAGGAUUCUCCAGUUCCUAUUCCUUAUUUGGUUUUGUUCCAACAGAUCACUGAUGACUUGAACGCUCACCUCUGUGCUUCUGAUUAAAUUACCAAAUGGAUAUGUCCGCCGGAUAAAUAUGCAACUAUAAAUAACACCACUGUUCUAUAAGUGGUAUAUAAUAAUAAAGUCUAUAUGUGGAGUUUCCACUAGACCUACUAUCUAUAAUAAAUGCGUUCGUACUUGUACGUACGUGUGGUUCUCUUCAUUUCUUUUUUUUAGGAGUGUUUUUCGUCAACUGUCUGUAAUUUAUA